AUGGGCACGCUGCGUGUCCCCUCCCAGUGGAAGCGGGCACUGGGGGUCGUCGGUGCCCUGGAGACAGUCCCCGCGGAGGAGCGGGCCUGGUGUCCCCCUGCAGGCUCGCUGAAUGCAUCCAGCUUGCGGGAGGAGGAACUCCACCUGUCCUUGCUGGUGUCCAGUGGCUGGAGGACCGUCCACUUCUGCGUGGUACCCGUGGUCAGGAGACGACACAGGGUGCCCACCCCAGAGGGGACCCCACUGGCGACCGGCUUCCCCAAGGGCAGCGUGGAGAGGGUCCUGGGCCAGGGUGUGGACCUGGUGCCAGCGAGUGACCAGCACUGGAGGGUCUCCACUGACCACGUGCUGACCAGGCUGCUCAGCGAACUGGGCUCCCUGCCUGGCCACCGCCUGGACAGCCUCUGCAUCCUGGACCGGGUCAACCACGACAGCUGGAGGAACGACGGCCAGAGAGCCGGUCUGACCUUCAGCCACCUGAAGACGGUGCUGCUGUGGGCGUCCGUGCUGUUCCCGGCGCCCGAGGACUGGGCCGACCUGGAGGGCGCCGUGUACCGGUUGCUCGUGGUGCUGCUGUGCUGCCUGGCCUCCAAGCACCUGCCUCACUUCCUGUGGCCCGCGCGGAACCUGCUGCAGGCCGGCGCCCUGGACCGGGGCGCCCUCUACCAGCGUGUGGAGCGCUUCGCAAGCCAGCCCGAGGCGUCCCUGCGCCUGCAUGUCACUCACCUGGCCCGCAGCGUGCCGCCUCGCAUCCACAAUGGCAUCAAGUCCCUGCUGCAGCUGCCUGCCAGCGACCCCACCUACUGGGCCACGGCCUACUUCGACGUGCUGUUGGACAAGUUCCAGGUCUUCAACAUCCAGGACGAGGACCGCAUCUCGGCCAUGCAGAGCAUCUUCCGCAAGACCAAGAGGCUGGGUGGUGAGGAGAGCUGAGCCGGGGACACGUGGAGAAGGGCAUCUUCGCUCCGACACACACAGGUGGUGGGAGUAGGGGACCUUGCUCCCAGGCACCAUGUCAGACUGCACAGGGCAUGGGCUCAUGAGAGUCCACAGGCCCGGGGCCAGUGGGCCCUCUCAGAAUGAUUGUCUCCUUCUCUGGGCAGGGGCCUGGGCUGAUGGUGCUGUGGGCUUCAUGUGAUGCCCUGCUGCCCCCUGGGUGACUCUGCGAGUUGAACAUCUCCAUGCCCUGGGGCACAGGGGCCUUGCACAGCUGGGCAUGCUGGAGAUGAUGGGGCACAUAUUUGAGGGGAAUAAAGGCUGCGCUGGACA